AUGUAUUGGAUCAACCCUGACUAGCUUAGAAACACUGAUGACUCGAUAAGCCAUAAUCAGUCUUCUGUUAAACCCGCAAAAAGGUGGGGCUAAUCUUGCGUAGCUGCUCAUAAUAAACUCUACAUAAUCGGAGGCUAUGAAGGUUCCUAUCUCGGAGAUGUCUGGGAGUUCGACUUCGCAACCUUAUAGUACACAGAGAUGAGACUAGACACUGCUGAACCUGAUAUACUCUCAAGGUCUAAUCACACCGCAAUCUUUUAUGAAAAGCAUAACUCAAUUUAUGUCUUCGGAGGAGGUCAAGCAUAAAAAUAGAGAUUUAAUGAUACAAUCAAGUUAGAGUUUAUAGAAAGCACUAGUUCCCGAAGAGGGCACAAGACGCUCAAAGUAGAGAAACUAAGCUUAGCUGAAAACUCUCCUAUGCCAUAGGCUAGAACAUAUCAUGCUUCAUGUCUUUUGGGAAAGUAUAUGAUUAUUGUGGGAGGCGAGGCAACUACUGAUCUCAAGGAUCUCUGGGCUUUAGAUUUAGAGAGGAAAAUCUGGUACAACCCUCAAAUCAACUUCUUAGACCUUUAUGCUGCAAAGAGAUUCCAUACGGUCACUACAAUCAACGAUCAUUAAGUUAUAACAUUUGGAGGUUGUCAUAAUGAGUACGUUCAUCUGAAUGAAAUGCAUUCAUUUGAUCUGUCCGAUUUCUUGAAAAAUCCCGAUACUUUCGAAGCUUCUCAGAUAGAAUGCAAAUAAAUUAAUGUAAGUCAAGGAACUCCUUCAACUAGAUGGGGUCAUGCUGCUACUAACUACAAAGGAAAGCUGUACAUUGUUGGAGGAAGAAAUGAGAACGACAUAAACGAUAUCCAUGAGUACAAUCCAGUGAAGAACAGUUGGAAACAACUUGAAAUUUAUGGGCCUUUGCCCAAGCCAAGAAGAAGACACUCUGCUCUAUUUGUUAGUGGUGCUAUUGUUAUGUUUGGAGGCUUUGAUGGAAGCUUUUUCGAUGACUUACACAUUCUUGAUUUACAAUCAGCUAGCAAGCAAAUCAUUCAUAUUUAAACUUCUUCAAUCAACUUCGACUAUCUGAAACUAGUUGGAUCUGACCAAAACACAGAUAUUACUUUUAUCUUGGAUAAUCCUUAAGAACAAAAAGUUCCUGCUCAUAAGGCACUUGUCCUAUUCAGACUUAUCAAAAACGAAUUUUAGGCAGAGCUUCAUGAAGAAUAGAAAUUUAGAAACAUUGUUAACAAUACCAAUGUCAGUGAAUUUAUUAGGAAUGUUUAUCUAUCCAAAUAAGGUGAUGAGAUAAAUCUUAAAGGUAUUUCAUGUAAACAAACAUUCUUGAAAGUGUUAGAAUACUUAUAUUGUGACAGAUUUAUUGAAAUGAUCACUACCACCUAAGUCAAGAAGGUGUGCGAAGUUUUUAAGCAUCUAGGACUCUUUUACAGUUACUAGUUCUUGAGGAAAAAAGCUGAAUAUGGUUAAAUGAGACUAAAGUAGACACUGAUUCAAGACUUGCAGCAAGUGUUCCCCAAUCAAGAUAUGAAUAAUAUCAAAGAAGAGGAGAAUAAGCAAGCUCUAAGAGCAAGUCUCAAGAAAAUGGAGGAUACAGUUAAACUAGAUUUUUCACAUGUGGAUGAUAUUCACAUCUAGUCACCAGAGGAUAGACAAGAAAGGCUUCAAAAUAAAGCCUAGCAUCUGAUGAAUCAAUGCAAAAAUCUUGAUGAAUUUUAUGAUGUUCUGUUCCAUGUUGAAGAUACCCUUAUUAAAGCAAAUACUAUAGUCCUUUCAGCUAGAUGUCCUUAUUUCAAUUCAAUGCUUUCCUCUUAGUACUCAUUCAAGGAAUCUCUGGUUGACAGAAGCGGUUACAUAAGAGUUACUGGAGUUCCCAAACUCUAUUUUUCAUGUAUCAUACAAUAUAUCUACUCAGAUCAUUUCUACAUCCAGAAAUAUGAAGCUGAGUUCUUUAUCAAGCUAAUGAUGUAUGCAGACUACUUCCUACUUCCUAGACUCAUUGAUAUCUGCUCAAGCUACCUAAAGAAGUAUGUAAAUGAAAAGAGUGCUUUAUAGAUAUUCCUUCUUGCUCAUGCUCAUAAUGCUGAUCAAUUAGAGAAGUACUGCAUCAACUUUAUUUGCUUGCAUGAAUAGGAAAUUCUGAGCAGCCGUCAUUUCAGAAACUUCAAAAGAAAGGCAUAAGAACAACUAGUAUUAACAUUUUAUGAGAAAUUAGAGUAAGAAAAGUAAGAGAGCUAUGUGUUUAUUCAAAUAAAUAACUAUCUUACAAAGAAAAAUUAAACAGAUUAGUCAUCAAAUUACUCAUAGUCUACUAAUUACAAUGCAAAUUAUUCUUAGUAAGAUGCUCAAAGAAGAAAUUCUAGAUCAUAGCAAUCUACUUACUAGGGAUAGAACUAAAAUGUAGUUUAGUAGCAACCCUUGAGGAGUAGUUGUGGAAAUUACAUGAAUGGAAGCUCAUACAGAGGAUUAAAUAUAUAGAAAGAAUAAGAUGAAAUUGAGAGCAAAAUCUAAGAAAUCAUGCAGGAUAGUCUCUAUAUUUACUUAGAAGAACAUUAGUCUUUUGAAAGCUAUGAUCAUUCAAAGUUCAUGAAACCAUUCAACACCUCGUCUUUUGAAAUGAUUUAGGAGCAAUAUCUUCCUAGUAGAAUGAAUGUUGACAUUGAAGAUUCAAAGGAUGCAGAUAUUCCAUAUCUUCCUCAUUCUUCUGCCAGAUAGUCCAAGAAUAAGUCUCAUAUGCACAUUGUAAUAGAUAAAGAAAACCAGCAUCCUAACAUAAUGCAAAAUGUAUUAUCUAACAAAUUAAGUAAGAUUGGCUAAGAAAACACUCAGUAAUAAGUGGGAUCAUUGUAAAUUUAACAGCAGUAAUAAAAGGAUGUAUUCAGAGUUCAAUUCAGCAGCUACUAGAAGAAACAAAGCUAACUAUCCAUCAGAAGAUAGCCUUUGAAAAAUGUUAGUGACAAUUUACUUUCGCAAUAGCAGCAAUUGCAAUAAGAUGAAUUUAAUUAGUUUACUUAGAAUGAAAUAAUACCUAAUCAAAUGGAAAGACUCAGUUCCAGCAGUGAUUUAUUUGACCGUAACAGUAUUGAACAGUUAUACAUGGAUUAAAGCCAAUUCAUGAAUCCUCAAAGAUACAGCAACUCUAGAGAUAAUAACAGUGGAUUUAGAGAUGAAAAUAGUCAAUUUGGUAACUGA